UGGCGAGGCAUGCUGGUGCUGAGUGCCCCAGCCCCAUGGAAGGCAGGUCCCAGGAUGGUUCCCAGGGCGGCUGGACGCCGCGGGACGCCGGGUGGUGGUGGUGGUGGCUGUGGUGGUGGCGGCACUCGCCUCGCUUCCACCGGAUCGACGCGCUCCUCCACCUGUCCAGCGAAACGGCCUCUCCUCCCGCUCUCCCUCUGCACACUCACUCACGUGGCCCCCUCUGUAUAUAUAUGAAUCAACCCAGCCCGGGAAACAACGAGCCGCUUUGUUAAAAGACCAGAGUCAAGGCUAAGAAACGACCAAACAUUAGUUAAGAGAUAUAUAUAUAUAGAUUAUAUAUUAUCAUUACGUGCCGAGCUUAAAGUUAUAGCCAAUGGACUAAUGUAGUACUUAAUUGCAUCCAAUGUAUAUAUAGUGCAGUAUAUAUUUUAUUAUAUCAUACAUACAGCUCAUGUGCUAUUUGUGCGUUUGCACCAAUGCCAACGCAGUAUUCACCAAAUAAUCAGUUUCAGGUGGUUCAUGUCUAAAGUAGAGCGCGUCGUGUUAUUGAACGGGGAUGCAUUGCGUCUCAUCUUAAUCCAGCCGCGGAUUGACCAAGGGCUGUAGAUUAUCUUCAUCGGACAGUUUCCCUCGCUUAGAUAUUGCCAGCGAGACAUUUCUCAGCCAGAUCGUUUUGGUGACUCGUUCAUGGAAUUCUUAUGAAGCGCAUGCUGAACGAGUCAUAGCUCAGAAGACACACUUGGAACAAGGUGAUGAAGACAGCUCGGAGGAGAGGGACAAUCGGGGCUGACGAGCCACAGGAAACCCCCGGCUGCACGAGGCGACGUCUUGCGGCCAACGCCCGCGAGAGGAGACGCAUGCAGGGCCUCAACGUGGCCUUCGAGAGACUCCGGCAGGUGGUGCCACAGUGGGGCCAGGACCGAAAGCUCUCCAAGUACGAGACCCUGCAGAUGGCCCUAAGUUACAUUGCGGCGCUCAGCCGCUUGGUGGCCAGGGCUGAGAUAAGCAUCGGGAUAGGAGUUGGGGAGCCUCCUGCAAUGGCUGAGGAAGAGACCUUCUCGUCUGCCACCGAGUCUCACUGCUGCCCUUGCUACCUUCCGCAUGAAGACGGCUCGCAAGUGCCAGCUGCUUUCGAAGGCGCCGCCACCUUCGAACACAUCUGUGAUUCGUUCGCCGUUGUGCAAUGAGAACUCUGAAAAUGCUGAUUCGGCUAUGUGUGCCGGAUUAAGCUAGUGCGGGGCCUGUAGCAUAUGUUAUAAAGGGGCCCUACAUUUUUUUUAAACGUAAA